GGUAUUUGAAUCCCGUAUAACAAGGAGACAUUGCCAAGAUCCUAAGCAGUGCGGGCUGGAGUGCAGAGCUAACGGCGCCGCGGAAGCUUCUGUCCACCAUCUCCGGUCCUCGUCCCUUCCUGGGUCGGGCUGGCACUCUUGCCUGUCCCUUCCCCCAUGGCGCUGCUCCGACGCCCGACGGUGUCCACUGAUUUGGAGAAUGGAGACACGGGAGUUAAUUCUAAAGCUAAGAGUCAUGUGACAAUGAGGCGGGCAGUUUUAGAAGAAAUUGGAAAUAGAGUUACGACCAGACCUCCACACAUAGCUAAGAAAACUCAGAACACCAAAAUACCUGUUCAACCCGCCAAAACAAAUGUCAACAAACAACUGAAACCUACUGCUUCUGUGAAACCAGUACAGAUGGAAAUGUUGGCUCCAAAGGGUCCUGCUCCCCCAGAGGAGGAUAUCUCCAUGAAGGAAGAGAACCUCUGCCAAGCUUUCUCUGAGGCCUUGCUCUGCAAAAUCGAGGAUAUUGAUAAUGAGGACUGGGAGAACCCUCAGCUCUGCAGCGACUAUGUUAAGGAUAUCUACCAGUAUCUAAGGCAGCUUGAGGUUCUGCAAUCCAUAAAUCCACGCUUCUUAGAUGGAAGGGAGAUAAACGGACGCAUGCGCGCCAUCCUGGUGGACUGGCUGGUGCAAGUCCACUCCAAGUUUAGGCUGCUGCAGGAGACCCUGUACAUGUGCGUCGCCAUCAUGGAUCGAUUUUUACAGGUUCAACCGGUUUCCCGUAAGAAGCUUCAACUGGUUGGAAUUACGGCUCUGCUCUUGGCUUCCAAAUAUGAAGAGAUGUUUUCUCCAAAUAUCGAAGACUUUGUUUACAUCACAGACAAUGCUUAUACAAGCUCCCAAAUCCGAGAAAUGGAAACAUUGAUUUUGAAAGAACUGAAAUUUGAGUUGGGUCGACCUUUGCCACUGCACUUCUUAAGGCGGGCCUCAAAAGCUGGGGAGGUCGAUGUGGAACAGCAUACUUUAGCCAAAUACCUGAUGGAGCUGACUCUCAUUGACUAUGACAUGGUGCAUUAUCACCCUUCGAAGGUGGCAGCGGCUGCAUCCUGCCUGUCCCAGAAAGUUAUAGGCCAAGGAAAAUGGAACUUAAAACAGCAGUAUUACACUGGAUACACAGAGAAUGAAGUAUUGGAAGUCAUGCAGCACAUGGCCAAAAAUGUCGUGAAAGUUAACGAAAACUUAACGAAAUUCAUCGAACGCCUGGCCCACUGGGCUGAGGGCUACCAGAAGCAGCCCUCACAGUAUGCCUCUCCUUCAAAGGCAUGGUGGGGACCAGGAAUGUCAGUCCUAAGGGGCCACCACUGGAAAACAAAAACGGGUCUGUGACACCUUGUUAAUGUUGAAUCUUGGAAUGCAUUUUCCUAUUUCAUGGGUUACUAUUUGUUUUUUUUUUGGCAGGCAGUUGAUCACAUUUAGCAUUAUUCUCUAAGUGUGAAUGCAUUCACAGUCUCCAACCACUAAAAACAAAAACAAAACCCAUAAAAUAAAUGAGUGUCUUACAGCAACAA